AGUGUCAUCUUUUUUUUUUUUGCUUGUGGAUUACCUUUUUUUUUUUUGUUAUCUGGAGUGAGCUUGAAGUGAGAAGAUCAGGAUCAUGAUAUCCUGGCUGAGCUGCGGCCUAGUCCUGGCCUUCGUGGCUGGCCCGCUGUCGGUGAGCUCGCGGAGCUACAGCAACGGCCUGAUCUUCUACGAACUAAAGUCCCACCAGCCCUACCUGCCGCCCACCGUCAGUGUGUCCCGGGGCCGGAAUCUGGCCAGUGUCAAGUACUCGGACAAGGGCUCCAUCUGGUCGACGUUUGGGCAGCCCUGCGAGUGCCGGGGACCCGUCUGCGGCUGUUGUGCGGGCCUCAAGGUGGACCAGUACCGUUUCGAUCAGAAAGUCUGUGCGAAUGUGACGUUUGUGCCGCACUUGGAGGAGGCCCAACUGGAGAUGUACGUGAACGAGAAGGCCACCUCAAAGUUCGGCCUGUCGGUACGCAACCCGGCCCCCUUCUGCAUCCCGGUGAUGAUGGGCGUGCCGAUGGCCAUGUGCGUCCAGAUGACCGACGUCCAGAUGGUCGACAACAGGCUCAGCAUGUGCAUGGACUUUGUGGUGCGUCUGGCCACCACGGAUCUCUUCGAGAUGCACUUCCAGUGCAUGCGCAUGGGUCUGGACGGACUCCAGUAUGUGGACAAGAACGGGAAGCCAGUGCUGCCACCGGGACAGCAGGGCAACGACGAUGACGAUGCUGGCGAGGAGUAUGGCGAGUAUGCCGAGCUGGAGAAUGAGCCGGAGGAGUAUCCCCUGGCAGAGGAUCAAGCAGAGGAGAAGGAGAAGCCGAAGCCUGCGCCUGCCCAGGACUACCAGCCAGUGGCCUAUCCUUCGCUGGCCUACCAGCCGCAGGUGGACGACUCCGAGAAGACUCCGAGUGAAGACGAGUCUUUGGCUUAUCAGCCCCCCAAAAUGACCGAGAAGGAGCCGGAGGAGGAGGAGGAGGAACCAGAGCCACUGCCAAUCGAAAGUGAAAUGCUAAUAGCUGGCGAUCAGGUUGAGGAGCCAGAAGAAAACGAUGAAGAGCUUGAAGACGAGGCAGAAGCUGAAGAAGCCAAGAAAGAGACGGAAAAGGAGGUAGAGAAAGAGAAAGAGCAAGUAGAGGCGACACCUGACAAUGACAAUGGCAGCGAGAGUGGCCCGGGGCCAACUCAGGUAAUUGAAACAAUUACAAAUUCAAUAAAAGCCAUUGAAGAAAUGCCAGCAACAACAACAACAAUCAAAGCAACAACAGCACCCACAACAACAACAACAACAACAUCUAAAAUGGAAACAACAAACAACAAACCAAACAAUGUCGUUAUUGAUGACAAAGACCAGGAGGUCUCAUCGAAGCAGGAAGAGGCCCCAGCGGAGAGGGAGAAGGAGAAGGAAGAGGUGAAAAUGUCAAGCGAAGAGGAGGAGACAGAAGACGAGGAGGAGGAGGAGGAGGUCGAGGAGGAUGAGGAAGACGUGGGGGAAGAAUCGACGACAACAGAGGCUGUGGAGCUCGAAAACGAUAGCGACAAUGAGGUAAACGUUGACGAUGAUGACGCCGAUGGUGGAGCGAAAAAAGGCCAGGUGAAGGAACCCCCAACAAAGGCGGGGCUGGAGGAGAAGAGAGAGCCGGAGAAAGAGACAUCUGCUGCUGCUGGUAAUGAACUAAAGGUCAUCAAGCCCGGGUCAGCCCCAAAUGCCGAAGCAGGAGAAGAUCAGGAAACGGAAGAGGGAGCCGAAGAAGAGGAGGCGGCGGAAGAAGGCACUGACGAAGAUACCGAGGAUGACGAGGAAGAGGAGUACGAAGACGAUGAAGAAAAUGUCCAAAAUCUGGACGAGAAAAAAGCCGAAAAACUGGUAGUGGAAGCAGAUCAACCGCUGGAAGGCAAUGAAUACCAAUAUAACCUGGAAAACCUGGAAAAUCGAGAUGCAAAGUUGGCAGCCAAGUCGGCAGUAACCAGGUCUAAAGCAGCCAAGUCAUUGUACCGCCACGGGCGCCAACGUCUUCAGAGGCGUCCUCUAAAGAAAAGGCAUUAAACACAGA